AAAGGGACUAAAAUUUUCUGUUCGCUAUUCAAAGUUGUAUUUUGGUCGAGGUCAUUACCCUCUAAAUACGCUCGCCAGCCCCAAGCAUAGCAUAGGCCAAAGCAGGGGCAAGACGACCAAUUGUUUGGGCGUAGCAUCUUCUGUCCCUUUUACGUCGUAUUUUCUCCUUUGUUUGAAUCGCCAAAGCAGUUCCUUAUGUUCCAUAAUAAGUGUUGGACAAGUUAUUCCUUCGGUGGUUGAGGGAUCCAGGUGAUGGCGUCUGGGGCUGGAUCAAGUGGAGCAGGACGUGGUCGAGGCACACCCUCAUUAAACGAUAAUAAAAGUGGUGAUAGUAAGGAUAGUAAGCCUAAUCCAAAGAUGUCCAAAGCUCUCAGUACAUCUGCUAAAAGAAUUCAAAAGGAGUUAGCUGAAAUUACCCUUGACCCACCUCCAAAUUGCAGUGCUGGUCCUAAGGGUGACAACCUAUAUGAAUGGGUCUCCACAAUUCUUGGACCGCCUGGCUCUGUGUAUGAGGGAGGUGUUUUCUUCUUGGAUAUUCAUUUUUCAGCAGAAUAUCCUUUCAAGCCACCUAAGGUGACAUUCCGUACCAGAAUUUAUCACUGCAACAUUAACAGCCAAGGUGUAAUUUGCUUGGAUAUUUUGAAGGACAAUUGGUCUCCAGCACUCACGAUCUCUAAGGUCCUUUUGUCUAUUUGCUCCCUUCUGACUGAUUGCAAUCCAGCUGACCCUCUUGUGGGCAGUAUAGCAACACAGUAUCUGCAGAAUCGUGAAGAACAUGACAGAGUCGCACGAUUGUGGACCAAGCGUUAUGCUACGUGAUAUGGACUUCUGUUCUUUUACUAAGGGUGAUCUGGACACAGUAUGUCAUGAGCAAUGACAGUGUCACUGUUAAUGGCAGGGUUGUGUGAGUGUAUUUUACCCUGCAGUAUAUAGAUUCUUCUUUUUUUUAUGUUGUGUAUGACCUUUUUUAUGUUUAGAAUUUAAAUGAAAUUAGAUAUAUCUAAAUAAGAAAUAAAAUAAAGUAAUGUGUCUACAUGCUGAGAAUUCAGCAACAAGGCUGUUGCUGGCUCUCCAGGAGCCACAAAUUAAAGACUUUUAUACUUGCAUAUUUAUCUAUUUUAUUCUUCAAUGUGGACUACCUAGCUGAUUUAAAUGCAAUGGUUCAUUGGAAAGUAUGAUUAACUAAACCAUUAAUUAAUGCUCUAGGAUGCAAUUAUUGUUGUCGGGCAAGAGGACCAUUUUUGGUUUGAUAUUUGUUGUCUGAUGUUUGGAACAUAAUGUAAUUUUGGUGCUUUGUGAUGCUCAAGUCAAAUGUAUUCCAUUGUUCCUAACCAGCAAGCGUGUGCUGCCUCCCUUGCACUUUGUAGGCAUGGAUCCUACUGAGGGCUUUCAUGCAGAAAAUGAGGUAGAAAACAGUCUGUUCUGUGAUUUGUCAAUGAAUUGAGACUCAUGUGGAAAGUUUCUCGUAGAUAUGCACUGAUUUUUCUCUUCCUACUUAGCACAAAUAUGAGUUCAUUUUAAUAUCUGAGGAUGAAUGGUUGUAUAUGUCGAUUAUAUGGAGUGUUAUUUGAAGAAUAUCGAAAUUGGUGUGCCAGAAAUUUUAUGUUAAGUUUGAUUAAACUCAUUUUUAAAAAAGCUAUUAUUAUUUUUUCUUUGGGUAGGACUUGCUUGUAUUCUAACUUAAGUGUGUGAGGUAUAAUUCAUGUUUAAUUGCAGGCCUCUGAUAUGAGUUGUCCCAUUUUCUUUUUCUGCUAGGAGAUUGAUAUUGUUGGUAAGCUGUGUCCUGAUAAUUUUUCAGUUUCUAAUUUAAUUAAUUACUUGAAUAUCCCCAUGAACUGUAUUCCAUCAUCUGGUGAAAUAAGAAAUCUUUUGAAAUUAAGUACAGUUAAGGCUUUCUUUGCUGUCACUUUGUUUUGUUUUUAUGGAAAGCUAGUAAAUCCUAAUGAAUGGGAUAAACCAGACUGACUUUUUAAAGGAAAUGUCUUGUGCUUUGAUAGCUUCAGCUCCGUAGGACUAUGUGUGGUGGGAUUCAUCCCUGGACUUUUGUCGAUUUUCUUAAGUGUGUUAGAUUGCAGAUUAGGUCUGUCUUGUUCCAUAUCAGUGAGUGAAUAAGCCAAUCAAACAAUGACCGUGAAAGAGAAUGUUUCAUGUCAAUAAAAACAAUAAUAAUUACUGGUA